AUGGCGGCAUCGGUGAAACCGACCACCUCAGGGGACUUAGAAGAGGCCACGGCAGAGGGGAAACCCAGAGUUCUGGAACCCGGGGCCGCUCCAUUCGGAAAUUUCCCUCAGUAUUCCCGCUUCCAUCCUCCAGAACAGCGGCUCCACCUCUUGCCCCCGGAGCUGCUUCGACAGCUCUUCCCUCCUGAGAGUGCUGAGACAAGGCCGAUUCUGGGGCUCGACAUGGGGUGUAAUUCCGGGGAGUUGAGUGUGGCUCUAUACAAACAUUUCCUUUCCCUGCAAGAUGGGGAGACCUAUCCAGAUGCAAGAGAACUCCGUCUCCUCUGCUGCGACAUAGAUCCAGUCCUGGUGGAGCGAGCUAAAAAAGAAUGCCCUUUUCCUGAUGCUGUGACCUUUGUUACACUGGACUUCAUGAAUCAAAGGACCCGGAAGGUUCUCUUAAGCUCUUUCUUAAGCCAGUUUGGAUGCUCAGUUUUUGACAUUGGUUUCUGCAUGUCGGUAACUAUGUGGAUUCAUCUCAACCAUGGGGAUCAGGGCCUGUGGGAGUUCCUGGCUCACCUUUCCUCCCUCUGCCGUUACCUCCUUGUAGAGCCACAGCCCUGGAAGUGUUACCGGGCAGCUGCAAGACGUCUUCGAAAGUUGGGCCUCCAUGACUUUGAUCACUUCCACUCCCUUGCUAUCCGAGGUGAUAUUACCAAUCACAUUAUACAGAUCUUGACCCAGGACCAUGGCAUGGAACUAGUAUGCUGCUUUGGCAACACCAGCUGGGGCCGAAGCCUUCUGCUCUUCAGGGCAAAACAGACCAUGGGGACUCAUCUGACCCCUGAAUCAUUGAUAGAAGAAGAGAAAGAAAUGAAUAGAUUAACAUUCUUGAGACAGUGA